AGGAGUUGGAGGGAAACCAGGAAACAGAACGAGAGAGAGAGAGAGAGAGAGAGAGAGAGAGAAGGGCGGAGAGAAAAGUUAAGAUCUUGUCACAAAUCCCUAAUCGAUCGCUAGCGAACUCUUCGUCUUCCCGAAGGCUUCUUCAUCCGCAUCAUCGUGGAUACCGUCUCCAAAUCCCGAUCGCAUCCCCGAUUCCUCAAACGCUUUUUUAAGAAUCGUUCCAGAAAUUAUCUUUGAUCGAGGAGGGAGUGAUUGGCCGUUGUUCGGGGUUUCUCGUCGCCAACGCGAUUGGUUCGCAUUGGAUUUGGAGUAGGUUUGAUCGUGGGCGGAGUAGGGUUUUACUGUGAUGUCUUUUGAGGAGGAGAGCGGAGGCAUGAGGAAGAGGAAAGGAAGCAGGGAGGUCGACGAGAAGAGGAGGUUGGGUGUGAGUGAUUGCAAUUCGGAUGAUUGUUUGGCUAAGCAUUGGAGAACGGCUCGUGGUGCGCAGAAAGGAGAGAGGAUGCAUUGUGGUGACAGUUAUGGAGUUGUUUGGGAAGAGAAAAAUAGGAAGAAUGUUUUGAGGGCUCAUGUUGCGAAGCCAUGUGAAGUUCUGGAUUCUGAUGAAACGAUCAAGUCGGAUUUGGAGGGGAAGAGCAGUAGAAAACCAGCUGUUGCUCAACUUUCUGCAAAGAAAACGAGAAGGGAGAGGAUAGGAGAAGUUAACAACAUUUUUGCUGUUGAUAAUAAUUUGCAUACUGACAUUACUCGACAUGAAAAUGAUGUUCUCAGGGUGCAAGGAAAAGGCGGUGUCUUGAGGGUCUUCCUCAAUAAGAAAGCUGAUGGACUUGAGAAUUUCUGUGCCAAAGAUUUUUAUGAGCAAAGAUCAAAGACUCUGGGCUUUCCAGUGGUUUCUACUCAUGAAAUGCUGAAUCCAACAACCCUUUCUGCAGACACACAAUCACUUGAAAGAUCAUGCGCAGGAACUAUAUUGAGAGAGACAAACACUGAUAUAACUUUGGAAAGCAGAUCCGGUGAACAAAUGAGAGAGUUGGAGAUUUCACUGCCAAAAAGAGGAAAAAAGAGAACAAAUAUGCAAAACAAUAAGACUGACACUAAAUUAAGGGAUUUUUCCAAUUCAAAAAUUCAUAAAAGGGAACUGAAAGAUCAGUUAAAAGAAAUACUUAUAAAUGCCGGUUGGAGGAUAGAUCUAAGGCCAAGGAAAGGCAGCAAGUAUGUAGAUUCUGUUUACAUACCUCCUAAAGGACGAGGUAGUUAUUGGUCAAUCACAAAGGCUUAUGCUGUGUAUCAGGAAGAACUGAAUAGAGAAAACAAUGGGACGAGUGAGGGCCCUGCAAGGCUGUCUAAAGCAUUUCUUGGUAGUGACUAUAAUAUACCUAUAGAUUCCCUAAAUGUACUGAAGAGGAAUAUUGUUAACAAGAGAAAAAGGAAGGAAGCGCUAGAAGAAGCCCAAAGUGGUCAAAAGAAGAAAUCAGAGGAAAGGUUUGACAAUAGGAGGCAACCUAGUGUUACGGAAACUACAGAGAUGUCUGACGGAAUCACAGACAGAAUAAACAUAAACAGCUCUACAGAUUUAGACACAAAAACAAUAGUUAGUUCCAUAGCUCAUAAUCACUUCCAAAUAGGAAAAAGCAAACAUAGAGUGUGUGCUCUAUUAGCUCGUGGCAGCAAUCAGGAUGCAGAAACUGAAGACGAUGGUUUUGUUCCGUAUAAAUGGAAGAGGACAGUUUUCUCAUGGAUGAUAGAUCUUGGAAUCCUGUCUAUAAAUGAAAAAAUAAAAUACAUGAACAAGAGGAGAAAUGAAACAAAAUUGAGAGGCUGGAUAACAAGAGAGGGCAUUAGGUGCAGCUGUUGUACUAAAAUUGUUACUGCAUCUAAGUUUGAGCUUCAUGCUGGGAGCAGACUUCUUCAGCCAUCACUAUAUAUAUAUUUGGAAGAUAGAGGUGUCUCCCUCUUGCAGUGUCAAUUAGAAGCAUGGAAAAAACAUGAACAGUCAGGCCAUCAAGGAUUUUGUAGUGUUGAUGUAAGUAGUGAUCAACCCAAUGAUGACUUCUGUGCAAUGUGUGGUGGCAGCGGUGAUUUGAUCUGUUGUGAUAAUUGCCCUUCAACAUCCCAUGUCAGUUGUUUGGGUUUGGAGGUGGGUUAA